AGAGUAAUUUACUCCAUGGGAAAAUUUCACAAGUAACCGGGCGACCUUUUGAGAAUAGCAAGCAAGCAAGCAACUUCAGCAACCGGCGGAACCCUAACUUCUGAAAAUGGCUACUGCCGAGAACAAGAAGAGGAAGAACCAUUACCGUCCCCACAACAAAUCAGUAAAGAAGGGUUCGUACCCGUUGCGCCCAGGAGUUCAAGGUUUUUUCAUUACUUGUGAUGGUGGUAGGGAGCGUCAGGCUUCUCAAGAAGCUGUUCAAAUUAUCGAUUCUUUUCUUGAAGAGCUAGCUGAGGGAAAGGAACCAGAUGUGAAGCAUGCAGUUAAGCCCAUGAAUAAAAAGAUAAAGUUUAGCUAUUCCGAUUCUGAAGACGAUGCUGCUGAUGAUGAGAAUGGUAAAAAGGAGCAAGUUGCAGUAGUUUCUGAUCAUGAUAAAUCUGAGAGUCAGCCGAAGGAUAAACAAGAAGAUGCUAAAAGUGAAGAUGAGAGGCAACCAGAAAAGAAACAAAAAUGUGUAGAAACAAACGAGUCCAACUCUGAAGAAGUAAUAAAAAGCAAGUCUGUCGAUCAGUUAAUCGAGGCCGAACUUGAUGAGUUGAAAGACAAAACCAAGAGGCGUUUCAACUACCUUGAUUCGGGGUGCAAUGGUGUAGUGUUUGUUCAAAUGAACAAGAGAGGUGAAAAAGAUCCAACCCCUAAAGAAAUUGCUCAGCACAUCAUAACCUCUGCGGCGGCUACAAAGAGACACAUGUCAAGGUUUAUUCUAAGAGUGCUACCUAUAGAAUUGACAUGCUAUGCAUCUGAAGAAGAGAUUUCAAGAGCUAUCAAACCUUUAAUUGCUCAGUACUUUCCCACAGACCCUCAAACACCAUAUAAGUUUGCAGUGUUAUGUGAGGCCCGUGCAAAUAGUGGUCUGGACAGAAUGAAAAUAAUCAAUGUGGUUGCAAAAUCUGUCCCAGAACCCCACAAAGUUGAUCUGACCAAUCCAGAUAGGACUAUUGUGGUCCAAAUAGCCAAGACUGUAUGUUGCAUUGGUGUUGUUGAGAAGUACAAGGAAUUGGCUAAAUACAAUUUGAGGCAGCUGACGUCAUCCAAGCAGUAGGUUAUGGCUUUUUAUUAUUAUGAGCUUAAAACUUCAGCUUUCUAGUUAACACAGAUUUUAUAUAUAAAUGGCAUGCAUUUUCAUGUUGUCAUUGUUCCUGGAGUUUAAUUUUCAUCUCAACGAGUUUGUAUGGAUUUUGAAAUAUUAGGAAGAUAAUUAUAUUUUAAAGUUAAGUUCGA